UUUUAGCCUGGACUAUUAGCAAGGCAAAAUGGGCACUAAAAGGCCAACAAAAACCACUAAAAGUGGGCGCUACAUGAACCCCACUGACCAAGCGAGAAAAGAGGCUAGAAGAAAAGAAUUGAAAAAGAACAAAAAGCAGCGUAUGGCAGUGAGACAGGCUGUCUUGAAAGGAAAAGAUCCAUUGAUGCUGGUAAAAGAGCUAGAACAAGUGGAACAAAUGGAGCUCGAAACUCUAGCAGAAGCUUUGCCUACAAGCAAAGCACUUCGUGAGAAGAAACUGAAAAUGAAGGAAACAAUUGACAGAGUGAUUAAAUGCUAUGAAAAGGAAAGCGACAAAGAUAUGGUGGAAAAGAUCAAGAGAUCGAUGGUAGAAUAUGAAUCAAGACGAAGGAAGUACGUCGCAUAUUAUCAGAGCAAAAAAGACAUCCAGAUGGAUAACGUGUUAGAACUGCAAAACAUUCCACUGCCAGACAAUAUACCCCUUCCCAAGGAGCUGCCUCCUAAAAUGAAUUCAGAUGAUAGUCAUGAGUCUGUUAUCAGUAUUGUUAGUUUACCAUCUAAUGUUGCUCCCCCUCCACCGCCAUCAGACGAUCCUCCCAAAUGCUGUAUAAAGACAGAAGCGUUAUAUAACUACAGUAACAAGUCUGACGGACCCAAUCUAACUACCACUAAUUCUAAGAGUGACACAUUAAAAGCACCUGGUCCGCCUCCAGGGCCCCCUCCUGGCCCGCCCCCUGGGCCCCCUCCUUCAAUGCAGGCCGGAUUCGCCGGUGCUCCCAGAGGAAUGGGAGGACUACCCCAGAUGCGGCCUGGUGCACUUCCCCCAGGAGUUGUCUUGUACGCUCCCGGAGGUCCUGACGGGGUCUCACACCAGAUCCGACCAAUGUUUCACUCUCAUGUGUCAGGUAACCCGUACCUCAAUAAACCUCAAGACAAGUACGCAUCAGCCACCAUCUCCAAGAAGGCCACCACGAUAGUCACGAACUCUAAAACACCGGGCAGCUCAGCCCCAACCGCACCUGUCCAAAACAAACAAGAGAGGGUAACCAGAUUUGUGCCAGUGUCAGUGAAGUUACGGAAGCGUUUGCCGGAAGAACGUCCCAAACAACUACCUGUCCAACAAACACCUACCACAGAGAAAGCUAAGCCUGAAGAGGGUGUGGACGCGUACAGCGCCUUUAUGGACGAGAUGGAGGGGCUUAUGUGAUCACGUGAUCACGUGAUCACAUGAUUAUGCUAUCUGUCUUGAGAGUGAUUUAAUUGUGUUUAAAAUCUGUUUUAAAACACAGAGUUCUGAUGACUGUACAGCUCUAUUUCACAGUGUUUUUUUAUUAAAAAUGCUUAUUUAUAUCCAGUGUUUCAUGACGUUAUGUGGUUUAAGAUAAGGUGGAUUUAUAUUUAUCAGGAUAACACCAGUUUAAAAACACUAUAACUUGAUGUAGACCUAUCUUUAACAGAUCAAUAAAUAUACCAAUUAUAAUGUUCAUAGUUGGGAA